UUUCUCUUCACUAUCGUGGAAGAAACAGUGGAGGAAAUGGAAUCUGAAGAUGGUGUUUCCACAAAAGGAAAGAGUUUGAAUGAUUUGUUUCUAAAUAUGGAAAGUGGUUCAACUCCUCCGUUUCUCACUCCUCGUGCUUCUCCUUCGUUGUUCACGCCUCCUUUCACUCCGUUAACGGAGUCUUGUAACGGCAGAAGAGAAGGGGUCUUCUUUGAGUCAUCUACUGAUGCUGAGUUUAAUAGGAUGGUGAGAUCAUCUCCAUUGUCAUCAUCACAUUCACCAACGUCAUCAUCAACAUCAUCGUCUCCAUUGCCGAGAUUCAAGUUCUUGAGAGACGCAGAGGAGAAGCUUUACAAGAGGAAAGUGAUGGAGAUUGCAGAAGAAGCUGAGGAAGUCAACAAGGGUUAAAUUGGUAAAAACAGAGUUUCAAGAGUCAGAUUUGUUGAAGAUGAAGUUUUCAUCAAGAACAUGACAAAAGGUGGUCCAAGAACUUAAAAGAGUUUACAAUUGAAAUAAUCAGAUUUUUGCUAAUUUUUUAUUUUCUUUGGAUUUUAAUUAUCUUGGUAAAUUUGAUUUAGCGUUUUGGCUGCUAUGCUUACCUUGUAAUCAACAUAUUUUUUGGUCUACAUUAUUCUGGCUUGUCAAUGGAAUAAGCCGGUUUUGUAAAUUUUCAGUGGAUAAAU